CUUAACGAAGGAGUAGUUAUAGCCAUAGAAAAAAAUUGAAGGUCCUUUGGUACUUUCAUGUCAAUGGCUUCAUCUGCUGGUGGGGUGCCUCCGGGGUUCCGAUUCCACCCAACCGACGAAGAGCUGCUUCAUUACUACUUGAAGAAGAAGGUUUCAUUUCAUAAGUUUGAUAUGGAGGUUAUCAAAGAAGUCGACCUCAAUAAGAUGGAGCCUUGGGAGUUACAAGAGAGAUGUAGAAUUGGAUCGACUCCACAAAAUGAAUGGUAUUUUUUCAGUCACAAGGACAGAAAGUACCCAACAGGAUCAAGGACGAAUAGAGCAACAAAUGCAGGGUUUUGGAAGGCAACGGGAAGAGAUAAGUGCAUUAGGAACAGCUACAAGAAGAUUGGUAUGAGGAAAACCCUUGUUUUCUACAGAGGAAGGGCUCCUCAUGGCCAGAAAACUGACUGGAUCAUGCAUGAAUACAGGCUUGAAGAUGCCGACGAUGUUGAAGUAAACUCAUCCACUGAGGAUGGAUGGGUUGUGUGUAAGGUUUUCAAGAAGAAGAAUCUAUUCAAGGUUGGGAACGAAAGAGGAAACAUCAUCAACUCUGGUGAUCAUCAACAACUCAACACAUCAUCAAGCACUAUUCAUCCUCGAAGUUUCAUGCACAACAGGGAUAGCCAAACUCAGUUUCUACUGCGUCAAAGUCGUAGUCCUGCUACUCCUCACCAUCAUGAACAAGCUUUUGAACUAAACAAACCAGAGCUCGCCCUUCAUCAUCACUACCCACAUAUGGCUACACCAACACCUCAUUAUUCAUCUCUUUUCGAAUCCCAAAACUUAGUGCCAACCCAUAGUUACUCAUCAGCUCUUGCUUCUGCAGUGUCUCCUGUAAUGGCUAAACAAUUCAUGUCUAACACUAGAGAUUGCGAGAGUGGCAGCGAAACCGCCCUUAGGUAUCCUCAAAGCUGCGAGGCAGGGCUAGAGGUGGGAACCUGUGAACCAAAUCAACAUCAUCAACAAAUGGGUGUAGGAAGAGAUGAUCACCAUCAUCAAGGGUUGAAUGAAUGGAGUAUGCUGGAUCGCAUUGUUACUCCUCACCUUGGAAAUGAUGAUUCUUCUAAAGGAGUGAGGUUUGAAGAUGCUAACAGUGCUUCUGUAAAUCCAAUUAAUCAACUCUCUUUGCGUGGGGAGAUGGAUUUUUGGGGCUACGGAAAAUAAUUAAUUCUCUAUUUCUCUUCUUUGCUUGUAUCUUCCUUCUAUAAUAUUGAUGAAAAUUGAAAGAAAUAUUCAUAUUAGAGCUCAUCAUGCAAAAUGGCUCUAACUAUAUAAAUUGUAAGAAAACCUAAUUAUUGAAUGAUUGUGGAUUUAAUUGGA